UCAAAAUUUGAAAUCUGCCAAAACUGUUUACUCCAUGAAUCAAAUCAGCAGAGUUCCCAAUUAUGCCCAAAAUUAGGCCACAAAAUCCCAAAAUUAGCAGUAGUUAUGUUGAAUUUGAAACAUAAAGAAGAAAAUAAGUAAAAAAAAACAAUGGAUCAUUACCUGACAACUUACAGAAAGGACUACUUGUGGCCCAACUUGCCGGGGGCAGGGGGCGGCGGCGGAGGCCUCGCAGAAGUCCCAAAGCUCUCAGGACAGGAGCUCGCCUUCUACCAGGCAUGUAUGCAGCACACCAGACCCCCGGAUUGCCGGUGCCCCCAGUAUUCUGGGGGGGAGAUGCCGCAGCUUCCCCCGGGAAAAGACGGAGGAUGGAGCCGGAAUGAGAUUAUGGGUCCUCUACUGGACCCUAAAUUGUACCCUGUAAGAGUGGCAGCCAGCCCUGAAACACCCACAUCACGAUAUGAUCAACCAAAUGCAUUCUUGGAUAAGCUUCAAUCAAAAUAUCCGAUGCUGUACAGCAUCCUCCAAAACGAGGCCUCUCCAGAACUAAAGCAGCGCAUUGAUAGAGACCGCAACAAGACUACUUACCAAGUGGACUACUGUGAAAGUGGCAAGUCUUUGUUUACUUCUUACUGCAUUGGGGACUUUGGAUUCGCGUCGAGUGACGGUGACAUUUGCAAUUAUUGUCGGCGUUUUCUUGACAUUCCUGACACCCAACGCAAAUCCAACGAGGCCAAAGAGGAGAGCAGAACCCUUGGGGAGGAGCUUGCUCAUUUGAAUUCUUCUACUGAAAUACUUCAUUCCACGGCUGAUGCCAUGCAAGAACGUAUCACCAACUUGGAGCAUAGGGUGCAGUCUCUUGAAAGGGGAAGGUGUGACCUAGAGUGGCUUCAGCAUCUGAUCUCAGGCAUAGAAAGCACGAUUGGUGAGGCCGAGCAGUAG